CCCGCCUCCACGCCCCGGGCGGUUUUUGCGGCGUGACCGUGACGGGAGGGGGCUGCGCGCGGCCGGAAGUGCCCCGCGGCGGGACCCCAAUGCACGGGAGCUCCGCUGGGAGGGGAGGCGCCCCGAGCCGCGGCGGAAGGAGCCGGGUGUCAGCCCCAGGGCCUUAACCUAAAGAAUCAAACAAGUUUUAAAGACUGCAAUCCGAAGAUCUUAUCUCUCUUAAAUUAGCUGUUUGUUGGCACUUGACAACUGUAGAUAACCAAGACGAUGGCUGCCAACAAGAACAAGAACCAGAGUUCUAUGGUCCUGCACAAAGUAAUCAUGGUUGGCAGUGGAGGCGUAGGCAAAUCAGCACUUACACUUCAGUUCAUGUAUGAUGAGUUUGUAGAAGACUAUGAACCUACCAAGGCUGACAGUUAUAGAAAGAAAGUAGUUCUGGAUGGGGAUGAAUUUCAGAUAGACAUUCUGGAUACAGCGGGACAGGAGGAUUAUGCAGCUAUUCGAGACAACUACUUCCGCAGUGGGGAGGGAUUUCUCCUUGUCUUCUCAAUAACUGAAUACGAAUCCUUUACAGCAACAGCAGAGUUAAGGGAACAGAUCCUGCGUGUGAAGGCUGAAGAGGACAAAAUCCCGUUGCUUGUGGUGGGAAAUAAAUCUGACCUGGAAGAGCGGAGGCAGGUGCCUGUGGAGGAGGCCAGAAGUAAAGCAGAGGAGUGGGGUGUGCAGUAUGUAGAAACUUCUGCCAAAACUAGAGCAAAUGUAGAUAAGGUAUUCUUUGAUCUAAUGAGGGAAAUCAGAGCAAAGAAAAUGUCAGAAAAUAAAGACAAGAAUGGGAAGAAAAGUGGCAAGAGCAAGAAAAGUUUUAAAGAAAGAUGUUGUUUACUGUGAUCCUUAGGACCUGUAAAUAUCUACAGAUGGAAUGAAUAAGACUUACUACUAAGGAUAUAGGGCUGGAUUCAUGAAAGGAAGUUUGUAUUGACUCCCUUAUGCUAUUUUUAUUCACUUACUGCCUUUUUAAAAUGAAGAAAAUUAAUUUGUGAACCAUUAGUCAACAGAAAUUUGAGCCCAUGUACACUGAAAUGGACUCGCUUUGCCAGCAACUUUCAAAGCUAGAAUUUUACCAGGAAAUAUGGUUCUUUGGGCAUUUUAUUUCUGUCUGAUUUGCAGGAAAUAAUCCCAUGUCAAUUUCAAAGUAGUAGCUUCUUGAUGUCUUUUCAAAUCUGAUCUCCCCCACCCCUAACCUGUAUUAGCCUCACCAAACAUCUCUGGUUGUCAUUUUAAAUUCAACCACAUUUUCCAGUGUCUGUGCACUCUCUGACUUUAAGUCAUUUUUGUAUUAAUUAUAGACAAACCAAUAUCUGGCAAGACUUUGAGGUUCUCACAGUCUUUAAGUGGCUGUUGAUAUUUUCUCAGACUAUCAGAAGUCUACUUGAAUGCCAACAUUUGAAGAUUUGGGAGUUGUCAUUCAAAAGCAAAUUAGCUGUGUCUGUUUGAUUAUUAGUCAAUGCAGUAUUCAUGAAUCAAGCCUACCGACUGAAAUUGGACUUUGUUUGGUAAUGCAACAUUUAGUAUUUAAAUACUGGUUAGUUGUAUUCCCAAUUGGCUCGUUUCCUCUCAUGGUUUUUUUAAAAAACAGACCAAAACAAUUAUUUGUUGGGUGGGUAAGUGACCUAAAACAAUAGUGUUUAUUUUUUUCGAAAGGAAACAAAUUGGCACUGAUUUAAAAAAACAAACCCCAAAAUUUGUAGUAUUCUGUAUUGAGGCUAGACUCCUACAGUUGCUUCUUUUUCAUCUGCUCUUUACUCCCCUUUUCCUCAAAAUCAUUAUCUUAACUGUUUAAAGUGCAUAUUGUCUAUUUUUGUUACAUUGUAAUACAUGUAUUCAUGUCAUGGAGAUACUGCAUCUCUGUUUUCCAUUUUGUUUAAGAGAAACUUUUUUUUUCUUUUUGGGAAAGGACAUAGGCCACCGAUCACAAAACUAUGCAAAUGGAACCAGUGUGAGGCUUUUAUGCUACCUCACAACUCGACACAGUUACUUGGCUAGUAAGUAAGUUGCUAAAUGUCAGAAACAAAGCUGAAAUGAAGUUAGGCAACUGUCAUAUAGUAUGUUAUUUGCUGUUAAUUUUUACUGUACUGUUCUGCACAUUUAUCUAAAAUAUGGAGACAUUUUCGCUGAGUUUCGCUGUCAAAGCUACAGUUGAAGUUAGUCCUAAAUGAUCAGCUACAUUAGAAUAGAAAUAGGGGAACUAUAUGGGAAACAUAUUUAGCAGUUUUUGUCUCUGUGUCAGACGUAUUUCACUUAAAUACCUUUUGCAACUUAAUGGUGUCAAUCAAGUUCCGUUGCCAAAAAUAUGUAUUUCCAUCUUGUUGCUGUAGCAGAGAUUGUCAACCUUUAUAAUUACCCUGCUUCUGGAAUACAUUUUGUACAGUUUCCCAAUGAAUCAUAGAAAAACUCCUGUUUGAAUUUUAAAAAAGACAAAUAUAUUAUCUGAAAAC